AAAUUUCUCGUCGCCGCUUACAGUUUCCUUCAUCCAGACGACCGCAUCGUUACAACUCUACAGUGAAAUGAAGUUUAAGGCGUUUCUGACUGAGAAUGGUGUGAGUCUCUUAGAGAAGAGGUUUCUUCCAGCAUUUGACAAAAUGGGGAAGCACUGUCACCUUCUUCUCACUAAAGAACACUUGUUCUUCCUUCAUAACCUUCUCAAUGGUGAUGGAGUUCAAUGCAUUGCUCAGUUCCGCAAAGAUGUUCUCUUUGAUGAUUAUCGUAUAUCGAGCCAGAACGAGGAUCGUAUUGCUUUCUCCUUGGAUAUUGCUCUUCUGUACCGAGCCGUGAAGAGUAGUGUUAGUAUUUGUACUGAGUUCAGUGGUGGGUUGGCUUCUAAUAGAUUGCAGAUCAAACUAGUGAAAAAGCUGCCUCCUAACUGUACACAGCCGAUGCCGUUUCUUACCUUUGAAACCAAGGGAUAUAAAUCUGCUGUUAUUCAAGAUGUGCCUAUAUCGAAACCGCUGUCUCGUUCUCAAGUUAUCGAGCUUCAGACUGCGCUUGACUCUGCUCAAGACUUGCCUCCUACUCUUGUUCAGGUCCAAGACCCGAAUCAGUUGCAGAACUUUGUGGAUCAUAUGAGACAUGUUGGGGAUGUUCUUAAUGUCACGAUAAGCAAGCACGGUGAUCUGCAAGUGCAAAUCUCUACAACUUUGAUUAGGCUUGGCACUGAGUUCCAGAGGCUUUCUGUUAUUGGCGAGAAAUCUCAAGCUCCUGUUGAGGAUAGGAACUUAAGUGCUCAGGCUCGUUCAGAGAGAGCUAUUGCUAGAGGAGAUGCUCAGUCUGUGCAAGUGAGUGUAAAGCACUUCUCAAAGAGCCUUCAGUGUCACUUAACCAAACCUGAUUCAGCUUUCUAUGGGAUUGCUCCUCAAGGUGCUUGCUUGACAGUGAUCUUCCAGUUCUUGGUUCCUGGAACCCGUCAAACCGAUAAAUCAAUCAGUUUGCAUUGCCGUCUUCCCGUGCUGGAUCCAGGGUCCAACUGAAUCUUCAUCAAGGCUAACUCAAGGCUUAAAAUAUGAUCAAAUGUUUUAGUUUUUGCUUUUAUGAGAAAGACUUUCUCAUUAAGACCAAAUAUGUACCACUACACUCUCUUACAAGCUCUGAAGCAUCAAUGAUCAAACUCAAAAAUCUUAAACUGAAAAGAAAAACACAAUAAACUUGACAAGCAACUUCACUCUUCUAAAAACACAAGCACAACCCACUCUAAAAAAAAAA